GUCUUUUCAGUUUUAGUGAAAGGGGCAACGGGCACCCGGUGCGUCAUGGCGCUAUAUAGUACAAGACUGUCCUGCCAGCAGUCCAGGCCACUCCCAACUCACACCUCCGCCCUUCAUGUCGCGACACCCUAUCCCGGCCCGCGAGAUCGAGCGCCUGGUCGCGGACGGCCAGCCAAUCGUCAUACACGAAGGAUAUGCCCUGGACCUGGGGGCAUGGAUCGACAGGCACCCUGGCGGCCGCCUUGCGAUUCUGCACAUGGUUGGCAGCGAUGCGACUGAUCAGAUAAACAUAUACCACUCCCCCAAGGCGCUGUUGAUGAUGAAACAACACCGCCUGGGCCCGAUUCACGAGCCGUGGACGAACCUCACACCCCCGAUCCGCUCGCCAGAAUUCCAACAGAAGCCCGCACAUGAGAAGGGCGCGGACGUGCAUACAAAUGGCAGGCGGUCCAGACGGAGUGUUGACCUCGGCUCCGCUGCCGCCGUUCUCAACAAGAAGUUGAGCACGACCGCGACAUGCACGCGCAGGACAUCGCCCACUGCCAGCGUAGACCCGGAGAAGCAGCCUCUCAUACCCGCCUCGGAUAGUGCGGCGGACAAGAAGAGCGCGCGGGAGCGAUAUGCGACGGCAUUGGAGCACAAGGAGGUGGUUGCGGGCCUGCUCGGCAAUCCCUCCGUCGACGCCGAGACGCAGCGCGCCAUCAUCAUGGAAUAUCGAGCGCUGCACGAGCAGAUCAAGGCCGAAGGCUUGUAUAGCUGCCGCUACGUCGAGUACUUGAAGGAAUCUGUCCGGUACACGCUGUUGUUCGCGACAUUUCUGUACUUGCUGUACUCAAAGUGGUACCUCACGUCGGCCAUAGUACUGGGCCUGUUCUGGCAACAAAUUAUGUUCACCGCCCAUGACGCCGGCCACCGCGGGAUAACUGGCAACUUCGUAGUCGAUACCCUCAUCGGCGCUUUCAUCGCCGACUUCUGCUGCGGCCUCUCCAUUGGCUGGUGGAAAUCGUCGCACAACGUCCACCACCUCAUCACCAACAUGCCCGAGCAUGACCCCGACAUCCAGAACGUGCCCCUCUUCUCCACGUCGCCUACAUACAUGAAAUCGAUCUUGAGCUCCUUCUACAACUUCCAAUUCGUGUGGGACGGCGUCGCAGACUUUCUCAUUCCCUACCAACGCUACACGUACUACCCGGUCAUGGCUCUCGCGCGCUUCAACCUUUAUGCGCUAUCCUGGGCUCACCUCAUGUCCCCGCGCGCUGCACAAUUGGGUGCCGCAUGGUGGACACGCCCUGUUGAAAUCGCCUUUAUGGCGUGCUACUGGGCCCUCUUCGGUUACGGACUUGUAUGGCUCACGCUCCCUAGCUGGCCCAUUCGCAUAGGCUUCGUUCUGAUCUCCCACCUUGCGACUAUGAUCCUCCACGUUCAGAUAACGCUCUCCCACUGGGGCAUGCCGACGGCCGAUCUCGGGCCCAACGAGUCGUUUCCCCAGCGCCAGCUCCGCACUACCAUGGACGUGGACUGUCCCGCUUGGCUGGACUUUGUGCACGGCGGAUUGCAAUUUCAGGCUGUGCAUCACUUGUUCCCGCGGGUGCCGCGGCAUAACUUGCGCAGAGGGCAGGUCUUGGUGAGGCAGUUCUGUGAGAGGACACAGAUCAAGUAUCAGUGCUAUGGGUUCGUGAAGGGCAACGAGAUCGUGCUAGGCCGAUUAGAAGAAGUGGCCAAGAUGGUCACGACGCUGGUGGACUGCCAGCGGUAUAUGGCCGAGACGGGUGAGAGCGGACUGCAUUGAGUACCAUGAGCGGCAGCAUACAGCAUCCUUAGAAUAGAUAGAGAUCGGGGCUAGACUUGAGAUCCGGGCCUGCAUUGGUCGAUUUCCUUACACAAAAUUUCAGCUUUUUGCUUUCC